UCUAAAAAAUCACGAGCAAAAAACAAAUUGAUUCAAUUUUGCUGACUCAAGAAUCCGCCACAAACCAGCCACGUGAAUUUAACGGGCAUUUAAGUUUUUUGGAGUCGUUGCCGCUGGUUGGGAACCCCUGCUCCAACGAAACUUGUUUUCAGUCCCAUUACGUCACCGAAACGUCAAACCAGCUGUGGUUGUGGAGGUAACCUUCAACUUCGUUGUGAAAGAAUUGAAUCCUUUCAAAAUGGUUUUAUUUGCGUGUAAAUCCCCGCGCAGUGCGUACGAUGUUUGCUCCAAAUGUAUUCGAAGACCCUCUACCAAGUUCUAAAGAAUCUCAUCGAUUUUUUUACAACAAUGACUAACACGACCAACGCCAGCCCUCCCUCGCCCUACGUCUUCAAGCCGUUCCGGUACGAGGAAAUCAAGCCGAACCGAAAGAGCAGAGUGCCUUACCCCCGCAGCGGCCACCGCAUCGGCGCCGACUCCGCCAACUUCUACUCUUUCGGGGGCUACAACCCCCUCAUAGGCAGCGACGAGGCCAUAAGCGACGAGAUCUGGGUCCAGUCCUACCCCCUUUUCCAGGAGCUGUGGCGCUUCAACUUCGCCCGGAAGGAGUGGACGCGCUACUCCAACAGCCACACGUUGCCCCUCGAGCUCGCCUCCAACGCCCUGGUGCUGCACAAGAACGUCCUGAUGGUCUACGGGGGCACCGGGUCCCCCUUUGGGUUCCGCUGCAGCAACCAGCUGUUCGUGUGUCGGGUCAACGACAGCGAGGGGCUCAUGGACGAGGUGCACACCACGGGGCAGCUGCCCCUGCCGGCCUACGGCCAGGCCCUCAUCUACCACAAUGACUACCUCUACACCAUCGGGGGAACCACCGGAGUUCAAUACACAUGUGAUAUUCACAGGUUAAAUCUCAAAACUCUAGUCUGGGAAAGCGUCUACAUUUGCCGCGGGAUCGGCGAAUACGAACCUACAGGUCGUUACCGCCACGAAGUCGGUUUCGACAAACGUAACAUUUACGUUCUGGGGGGCGGAACGGCCCUUCUCGCCUUCGAUUUCUCAACGAUUCCAGUUUUCAAUUUAGAAAAGCAAAUCUGGUACCCGCAGAAAUCAAUCAGGGACACGCGAUACGGUGUGCCCCAGCCGCGGCGCUGCCACGGAGCCGUCCAGAUAACCACCGAGUUUGGCAACCAGGUGUUCAUCGCGGGCGGCCACGACGGCGAGAAUGUGUUCGACGACCUCUGGCGGUUGGAUUUGCAAACGUUUCAGUGGACUUACUUCGACAAGUGUCGUUUGCCGUUUCCUAUUUAUUUCCACGCGGCGGCGGCUUCGCCCGAAGGCAGACUUUACAUCUUCGGCGGGAUUUGCAGUAGCAACGAUAAUGAUGUUAGACGGAGUAAUUGCAUGUAUUCGACGUGGCUGUGUAUACCUAAACUAAGUGAGAUCUGCUGGGAAGCCGUACUGCACUAUAGUCCCCACAUUGUUAAGUGUAGGAGCGAGGAUUUGAUUAAUAUAGGGUUACCGAGACAUUUUGUGCAAAGGUUAGGCAAUAAUAAUCCGCCGAUUAAAAGAGAACAAUAAAUACUCAUUUCCCGAAGGGAAACUGGACUUUAUUUAUUUAAAUUCUUGAUGAUUAAAGUGUUUAAUAACAAAACAAA